AUGUCUGACAGAGUCGAAAAACGUCAAGGCGGCCGCAAGCCUAUCUAUCUUCGUGGAACCAACUCCCAGUUCGACGCCACCACUCCUCCUAAUAGGGGUCUUCGUCUCCGCGGUAUGUCUGGUCGAAGCGAGGAAUUUGACGAAGAGCAGUCACCCCUGACUCUUCGCCAACCCUCCCGUUCUACUCAUACCCCUCCUACCCCCCGCAACAGCAACUUCAACCCCGAAGCAGCUCCUUUCACUCCCACUGUCUCUGCCUUUGUCAACACUCCCGAUUCUUCCCCAGCUGACCCUCAGUCUGUAGAGAAGAGCCUCAAGGAGAAGCGCGCAGAGCGUCUUCGUCAAAUCAACGCCAUCGAAGAUUCGCGGGACCGCGAGGACGCGAUGAAUGACUUUAUCUGGGAACAGCAUACCGAGUGGUCUGCUGAGGACCUGGCUAGAGAGAAGGAGGAGAAGGAGUUGGAGGAGCGUCGCCAGAAGUUUGGCCGUCGUCACAAGGAUUCCCCCAGAAAGUAG